AACGAAAGAAUUUCCCCCCCAUUACGGACGAGAUUCCCGUUAUUACUUGGCAAUAUUUACAACAAUUUGAAGAUCAUUAUUACUUUGUGCUACUUCAUCAAGGCCUAUGAUGAUUCGGUGAGGAUUCCCUAAAUGGAUCCGCGCGGACACAGUGUGUGAGAACCCAGCACGAGUGAUUUUAAACGAGGGAUGCCACGCACCAGAAAGAUAUCGACUCAAUCGUCUCCUUUAAAACGAACAUUAGAUGAUGAAUAUACAUUUAACUAUGACAUCACUGGAAAAAAGAGAAAAAAUUCAGACUCUUCUGAUUCCUGCAAUGGCCAAGGUCAAAAUGAACUUGAAUCAAGGUCACCAAAAACCACUACUGGUGAUAAUAUAAAAACAGAUCCUACUCCAUCUCAAGAUGAAGAACAAGACAGAAGAGAUGACUUUGCUACACCAGUUAGUACAGAAACUGACAAACGAAACCGAUCGCUGGAGGCUCUAUUUGUUGUCACAGAUAAUGAGCUACAAAAUAUUUCACGACAUGAACCAGAAAUAGAAAACACAACAGAUGAAAAGAUCUACAUAAUCAGCGACAUGAGUGGCGUUCAGGUAAACGAAGAACAAAUUGUAUUCACCGAAAAAGAGGAAACCCUAGUUCCAAAACCAGAUACAAGUGGAACAACUACAGCAAAAUUCCAUUUGAAAUCAGAAGCCCUUGAGCAACAAGGAUUAAAACUAGUUUACACAAAGCAAGCCUCAGAGUCGAGCAUUGUGCCAUAUUUUGUUGAUACCAAAAAUAAAAGAUCAGAGACAUUCACAAAAAGUCAAAGUGAGGUACUAACUCCAUCACCAAUGGAAAUGCCACUUAAUAUAUUGUCCGUUGGUAGGAAGAGAAAACACCCGCAAAAACCUGGAAGACAUAUUUGUUCAUAUUGUGGACGAGGAUGUGCAAAACCGAGUGUUCUUGAGAAACACCUGCGAGCCCACACAGGAGAGAGACCUUUUCCAUGUUUAGAUUGUGGUUUCUCUUUUAAAACUAAAAGUAAUUUAUACAAACAUUGUAAAUCUCGAGCGCAUGCUUUAAAAGUGAGUCAAACAGAAUCAGUGGUAGAAGAGAUAGUUGAAACAGAGGCCAAUGAAGUAGAGAUAUCAGAUGAAGAGGUCACAAUGGCUGAAUCCGAAACAGAAUCAGCCAGCGAUCAAGAAGACCCUGAAAGAUUGAGGAUGGGUUUGAGUAUGGAGGAGCCUUUAACCCAAGUCCAAACACCAUCAGAUGAUCCAAACAAUCUUUCACUGCAACCAAACUUCAAGAAGAGAGUAGAAGUAGGUAAGCUCAUGGAAUGGAAUAAAAAUAUAGAGAAGCAAGAAAAACAGAGAACAAAAGCUAUGCUGGAAGCUCACAGCCAGUUUCCUAUUAAAAUAGCUCCAAAGAAUAUUAGUGGGUUAAGUAUGGAUUCCCUACAAGUUCCUGACUCAGAACCAAGACCCAGGUUGCUUUCCCAAAAAAGCAACCCUGAGUAUUCAGUCUUAGCAGCUGAGGAGAAUUUGGGAAAAUUGCCCAGUCUAGCAGAAUCAAGUUCCUCGAUAGUUGUUAGUACUUCAGCACGGACUCCUGGUUCAACUAAAGGGUUAUCUUUACCGGUAGUCAUGAGUACAGAGACUAAAGUUCCAUCAAUCAAAACUAGUGAACCUUCAAUAACCAUAACUACUGAGACAGUCAAACUUCCUCACCCAAGACUUGGUCGUGAAGCCGCCCAAAAAGGUUUGAGGGAGCUUGAGGAACUUACUACUAAGCUUAACUCCCCCAGUUUCCAAGGUAUUCAGAUCUCCACCUCCUUCAAUAAAUUACCAGAUGAGUCUAUGGAGGUUAUAGUUCAUGUUGCCAAAUCUGCUCAAGGUCAGGUAACUGGAAAAUCAGAGUUAAAACAAAAAAUUGAGGCUUUAGUGUCUGCUACUUCGGUUGCUCUUGCUACUCAGCCAACAACUCCUACCCCUGUGAUAACUUCCUCCCCAUCAUUUAAUCGAGCGGACUCCAAACAAGGAAUGUCUUCAGAACAUAUUAAAGAACACAUUCAGCAUCUUAUAUCUGCAAAUGCUGCCAUUGUGGAUAUGCCUAUUUUAGAUGCUCCUAGGCCGAGAGCAAGAAGUAUUUUCCGCCAAACCAGUGAAUUACCAGGAACUUUGAAACCAGAUCAAGCAAAAUCCGACCCACCAAAGAUUUCUAUACCAAAUAUUGUGUCAGUGCCCUUGCAACCACUUUAUCAGUCAGAGACUUUGUCCAAAGGUAAAUCAUUGAGUGGAAAACCUUUGUUAUCAACUCUUUCUUUACCUAGCAGCACUGAUAUAAUGAAAAAAGAAAACCUUGCAAAGAAAACAGAUCAGUUGAAAAAAUUAAAUGAAAUAACUGGAUCACAAACUCUGAGCUUGACUAGUGAUAUUACAAGAGCUACAUCAGAAGGAAUAGCUGGAUUUUCAGGACUGACUGUCCCAAAGACAAACCACAAUCAACUUGAAAAAUCUAAAACUAUGGAGGAACAGGUGUCUUCGUCUGCAAGUGAGUUUAAGAUACAGAUAAAGCUCUCAAAAACACAGAGCGAAUCAGGUGGACCAGUUGGAAAUCUUUCUGUUGGACAUACCUCAGCCUCAGCACCUAGGAUCCCUUCUCCUAUACCUUCAAUCACAAUAGACAGAUCAGCAGGUUUUACACCGAAAGAGAUGCUUCUCCAAAACAGAUCCAUAUCCUUUGACCCGAAGAUCCUGGAUACCAACAAGGAAACCGAAAACCCUUCAAUAGUUGUUCAAUCUGACAUAUAUCCUCUUAAUCUUUACAAGAAUGUGUCUGCUGAAGAAUUUUCAUGUCAACAAUGUAAAGAUUCUUUUAAACAUAAAGAAACCCUCAAACUCCACAACUUAUUUUACUGCUCUUCAGAACCAGACAGAUCUGCAAAAUCCAAUCCAGCUUUUGAGCAAAUUCAAAAGAUCCUGAUUGCAAAUUAUUUUCAAAAGGGCGUGGCAGGCCUGAAGAGAUCUGUGUCUUUACCAGAUGGAAAUGUCACAAAAGUGAAACAACUCACAGAAACUGAACCUUACAAAGAAAGUCAACCAGUAAAGCAGCAAAUGUUACAAGAAAAUACCCUAGAGAAAAUAAAGUUAGAAAGUCUUAAACCAAAAUCAAUGGAGCUCAAGUGGAUGGAGAUGGAUAAUCCGCCCCUGAUGAUUCCUGGAGGACCAUACACUGUGGAUCAAACACCCACAGAUUUGACAAAAACAAAAUAUCACACUGUUAAACCAGCUGUGUCUACAUUAGCUCCAACUACUCCAAUCUUACUUGCCCCAGCAGGUCAUGGCUUUAACCAGUCCCCAAGAAUACUGACACCUACAUCCAUUCCUGUGCUACUAGCCUCCCUUCAGUCAAGACCAGUGCUCCUGCAGCAGUCAGCAGUUUUAUCAGAGCCAGGUCAAGUUCCAACAACUUCAAUUUUUAGAUCAAGUAGCCUGGCCAUGACUUCUCAAAAUCUAUCCAUACCAAUGGGAACACGGUCCCUGUCUAUGGGAACUACUUCCCGUACUCCAAGUACCCCAAGUGGAUCUUUCCAAGCAAUCCUACCUAACACCAAUGUUCCAACCACUUUAAUAGGUCAACCCAUGAUUUCUCCUACACCUAUUUUUGCCAAAAACUUACCAAUUUCUAUGGCGGAAACAAGCCAGUCUCAAGCUGUGGCUGAUAUGAAGAUGCGUCUAAAAGGAAAGCUUCUUUUGAAGCGUUCUAUGAGUGCUGAAAAAUCUAAAGAAGGAUCGGUCAUAGACACCAUGUCACCAGGAAGCAGAACUCCUGGAACCCCAAUCACAGCUGGUCGUCUUUUUGGAGACAAUAGUAAGCUUGCACAACUACUUACUGCCCAGGCUAAGGAGAGCCAACAGCAUUCUUCUCCAGCAAAGCGUCCGAAACUUGGGGAACUAAAACAAAUGAACUCUGGACAAUUAAAGGCAGUUGACUUCACAGACAUAGACCCCCCAGCUUCUUCAAAGCUGAGUAAAUCACAAUCCAGUUCUCAAGCAGAUCCUACAGGAGCUCUCAAGAAAAUAGACCUUAGCUCCACUACAAAUUCAAGCUCUAUUCUGUCUCUUCAGUUGUCUAAAAGUGUAGAGGAUAAAGUGGGAACCGUUGCUACAGCAAUACUUAUCAAGGAAGGAAGUUUAACUGAAGGGGAUUCUAACACUGUUCAGUUCUUCACUGUGCCUGUGGUUAUGGCACAGCCUUUCUACUCUUAUACAAAGGGUUUAAGUUCUGGAUACAGAAGUAACUUAAGCCCUGGAUCACACUCACAAGUAAUAACAUUAAUUAGUCCGACAGCAUCAAAAGCUCUACCUGGAUCCAAAACUGUGAAAGAAUUAUUGAUUCAGAAGUCCCAAGAGCUAGCCAAAUCUCCAAGUUUAAGUCACAGAUCAUUUGCUGAAGCUUUGCUAACACCCUCUGCAUCAGCACCAAAAGCCCUUCAGUAUGACAAAGGAGUGAACUCUAAUACAACACAGCAGUUAAGAGAGAAAUUAUCUGGACAAGUUGAGAAAUCCAACCAACUAAGUCCAAGAAAAUCUGAUGUCAUAACACCAUUGACUCCAAGGCGAUCACCGCUUCACCUGUAUGGUCAUUUAAUAGCAACUUUACGAAGCACUACUCACGUAUCGUAUUGCUGUGUCCAGCGUCCACAGCCAUUUUAUGUACCAAUUUCUACAAACAAAAAAAUUUCCAUGUAUUCAAACUGGAAAGCAGCUCCUCACAACCCAAAUCCAGUAGGACUGUCUUCCAAGGAUCUGCUGACCUUGUACAAGUCUCGAUACACAAGUAACCCUGUUUAUGCCGAGGGAGGUAACUCAGUGCCAAAUUCAAUUGGUGGAUUUGUGACUCACAGUACUUACUGGACCUACCACAAACAGAGAGAAGGCCAAGAAAUGAAAACUGCUUCUCACUGGCGUGAAAGAGAGAAGGGAGAGAAGGUUAGCCAGAGCACCCUAGAAAAAGUUUUGACAAAAAUAAGAGAAACCACUCCAGAGGAGACUAGAAAAGAACCAGAUAUCACUAAGCUUACCAGGACUGAUACUGGCAAGAGAGAGAAGGUUUGUCGAGGUGGGUUUAAAACUGAUGAAGAGUACACAUAUAUUCGUGGAAGAGGGAGGGGAAGUUAUGUUUGCGAGACCUGUGGUAUAAGAUGUCGGAAACCAAGCAUGUUGAAGAAGCACAUACGGACCCACACUGAUCAUCGUCCCUACCAUUGUCGUCAUUGUAAAUUCUCUUUCAAAACAAAAGGGAACUUGACAAAGCAUAUGAAAUCUAAAGCCCAUCAGAAGAAAUGCAUGGAAUUGGGCAUAGUUCCUGUACCCACCUCUGUUGAAGAGUGUCAGAUUGAUGAUGAUGAGUUGGCUGCUCAGAUGUCAGCAAGUAAGGAUUUAUGGGUUGGUGUAUCAUUAGAAGAUGAAGAUAAAACUGAUGAUGAAGAUAAGGAUGGGGAUGAUGACCAGGAUGUUAUAUCAUUGGGUAGUGAUGAUGAAGAUGAUGAAGAUGCUGGAGCUGAUUUUGAAAGGUUCAACUCUCAGGCUUUUAUUGAAGAACAGCAGAGGGAUGCUGCUUCUCCUGUUUAUGUUGCUGUUAAAACAUCAGAGAGCAAUCAACCAGCUUUAAUUAAAAUAACACAGAAAGGCAUUUCAUCCAGACUGGGGACUGUUUAUGGAUUUGAGGGAACAUCAUAUGCUGAUAGAGCCCUUAGUCCUGAUACAGGUUCAGAUUCUACUAGAAGUCAGAAUAUAGACACAGAGAUAGCCAGGAGUCUGUUAGAAUUGUCUAAAAAAGCUGAAACUGAUGAUAAGGGAGAGAAAUAUACAGAUUUAGGAGAAAAGAAAGAAACAAGGCUUGGUAAUUUAAUUGGAGCUUUAAUGUCAAGGACAAAACCACUCUCUGGCUUACAGCCCAAGGAGGAUAACUCAGUUGUCUUAGAUGUGGAACCUAGCAGAAGUCUUCCUAUGCGAGGUUCUUCUUCAACAUCCAUUAUCAUAACAGAUGCAGAUGAGGAAGAUGUCACUACAAAAGAAUCCAAGAGUCCAGCAUCAAAUCCAACAACACUAUCCACCAUCAAGAGACCAAGAGAUCUAUUCCUGGGAGUUGAAGACCAACCUAGUCGCAAACGGUUCUUUUUACCAAGUUCUCCAGCAAAAACACCAAAAGAAUCAAUUAAUCCACAAACUCCACUAAAUGCUUCUAUCCUAUCAUAUCUCCCACCAUGCAUUUCAACAAAGUUAGGAGCCUCGAAAGCCUCUACGUAUCGGGGACCUAUAAUAGGUCAACUCAUACAACAAGACAGUGUAGUCAUGACGCCAGUUGUGUCGUCUGCAGCAACUUCAGGUGGAUUUCCGUUCCUCUUUAGUCAUCCGUUUGAACUUUUAGAUGUUUUACAGCAACCUGGAGACAAUCCAGAUAACUCUGAUACUUCUGAAAAGUUGGUGCAGACGUCAGGGGAUGUAACUCUAUCAAAUAUUAAGUCGUCUAAAGAAGGUGCUGUUUUGGUCCAAAAUUCUGGCGAGUCUGGAUCAUCUAGACAAGUGUUUUAUAUCAUUGAUGAAUCGCAAAUGAAAGUCUCAAAUAACCAGACAUUUGAAAAUCGAAGCUCUGUGACAUGUGAUGUGUGUAGCAAAAGUUUUACAGAUAUAAAUCAACUUAAUUUGCAUAAAAAGAUCCAUGUUGUGGAAAAUACUCUUUGGUGUGAUUUGUGUCGAAUGAAAUUUCAUUCCCAGCAUUCCCUCAAUAAACAUUUUCAAUCGUUGGAACAUAUGAAUAGACAAGCAUCUGUCCAAAAUGAAACAUUCCCAUCUGUAUUAAAAUGCAUCCAUUGUGGAAUAGCAUUCGGACAAACCGAUCAAUUAUCCAAACAUUUAAAAUCUAGAAACCAUUUUAAGGAACUGGAAAAACUCGGCAUAAUAAACCAAGGAAUGUAUGAUAGUCUUGAACAGACAGGUGAACUUAACCAAAUGGAUGUUUCUGAUCCAGAAAUAUUUUUCCGCGAACUUUUAUUAAAAUGUGAUAAGAUAAAAGAGAACGUUUCAAGUGCAAACACCAUUGAGUCAAGGGAAACAACCCUGACUAAAGUUAGUAGUGUAGGUGGGUUUAUGGGUAAUAAGAUUAUUCUUACUAAUCAGCGGAAAGGUUCGAUUGGUGAAAAACAAUUCUCACAGAGAUUAGACUACGAAAAACAUGAUGGAGCAUCGAAUGAACGUGUUACCGUGGAGAUAAAACAUGAACCAAUCGACAUCGGUGAUAUCGGUCAACGAUCUUUUGUUCAAAUGGAUGACGAGGAAGUGCAAAUAAUUGAUCCAUCUAACCGCUCAAAAACAAUUCAGUCCUCUAAGGAACAAGGAGAUGCUUCAAAAAAGAAUGGUCCACAUUUAUGUGGUAUUUGUCGGGAUGGAUUCAAAGAUGUCCAAGAAUUACGAUCUCAUAUAAUGACACAUGCUGAGCUACGACCGUAUGUAUGUGAAUAUUGUGACGCCGGUUUUACUAAUGCUCAGAGUUUAAAUACACAUCUACACACACAUACACAGGAGAGACCAUAUGUCUGUGGAAGAUGUGGCGAUACCUUUACACAAGCAGAUGACCUUCACCUUCACAUGUCAACACACUCAAUGUUGCUACCAGCGAAACAAAGGGACCAAUCAAAGUCAUCACUUUCUCAUAUCAAUCAUUCAAAUCUUAAAACUACUCUGUCUCUAGACCAAUCAAAAUUUUCGUCUGCAACAAGUCCACUUAUCUACCAAUCACCACUUAGACCAACCUUUUCUCUUGACCAAUCAGAAUCCACAAAAGUCAUUGACCAAUCAUCUCUUAGAUUUUCUUAUUCAAUGGACCAUUCCAGUGCUAGUUCCAGUUUAUCAACCCAUUCUGAUCAGAAUCCUUUAGUUAUCGACCAAUCAAAUGAUAGCAUAGAUAAUAAUCUGUCACAGACUUUACAGGUACCAGUACCCAACCAAUCAAAUUCUGUCAUAAUAACAAAGGAAAGAGGUGAAGAAAAUAAAGAUAGUUGAUUGGACAAGUGUAUGUCAAUGAGAACCAAUCAUACCCGCUAAUCAAUUGAAGUUCAUGGUGAUAUUAAACUUAAAGUGGAAAUUUAGUUUGUUGAAAUGUUUAAGUUAAGCUUUGUGUUUCCGAUGUAUAAAAGUUGUGAUAUUUCUCCAGUUAGUGCUAUUCUCUGACUAAAGGAAUAAUGUAAUUGUGAAAAGGAUAAUUCUGUUCCACAUAUGUGUACCAAAAUCCAUUUAGAAACUGUGUCCCAUGCUGUACAAAUGCUAAAUUUCUUUGUAACAUGCAUUCAAAACAUUAACCAAAGAUGGAGAGCUCUUUUCUACACAGUCUCUUUAAAUCUUUGCUUUUUCAAACUCAGACUUAUAUAUUUUUAUGGGCACUGUCACGUUUUUGGACCUAUGUGCACCACGUCUAACAAAUGCUUGGAUGACAUCAUAUACAUGUCACUGUGUGUAAUUUUGUAAUUGCUUAUUUGAAGAACAGCAGCCUGCAUACCGAGGAAGAAAAUGUUGUUUGUAAUACAUGUAAUUGAAAUUUUGGAUGUUUUGGUUUCUCUUGAUCUUAAAUAUCACGAAGAAUUGAUUUCUACAAAUGGCUAACUGUCAAAACAAUACUGCAUUCGGUUUAGUUUACAUUCUUCAUCAGAACAAAUGAAAAUUGACCGCUGUGAUUGGCUAAAAACACAACCACACAAAUCUGACUGUAGUGGAAAUAGCAAUAUUUCUAAUUGAAUCUCGGCAUGAAUCCACCAAACUUCAAACUAUGGUUUCUAUUUCUAGCGUUGUGACGUCUCAUGGUUAAUGGCCUUUACACCUACAUGUACACGCAUCGGACAAUUAUAUAAUAUUUAUUUGUAGAGGAACUAAUGUUAAAUUAUUCAUAUAUGAUUUAACCUGUAUAAGCUGGCUAGCAACACGUCUCUGCCUCUAGUUUUAGGGCGAAGUUAUAUAUGUGCUUGAACAAUCAUUAUUCUAUGACCUUAAUUUAAUAACACAAAAUAUAAUAUUUUGUAUACAUCAAGUCUCCGAUAUUCUGGAAGCAAAAAGACACCAAUAAAUUUCUGGACAAUUAGACGGGUACAACAGCUUUGAGUUGGUGAAAAAUAAAAGUAAAGAAUUAAUUAAAUUUGAUGUGCUCAUUUGUUUUGUGAAGUUAUGUAUUGUUUAAUGGUCGAGAGCGAGACAUUAAGUAAUAUAUUGUAACAACAAGAGGACCGUCAGGUCCGAGUGUUUUUACAAUAUAUUACGCAAUGUCUCAGCUCGAGACCAUUAAACAUCUUAAAAUACAGACACUCCGCACGUGCGUUUACAGUGAAAUACGUCACUCGAGUCUAAUAUUUGACAAGGUACGAUUGGCAAGUUGCCCGUACGAUUAUUUGAAAUAAUGGUACGCCAACAUCAAAGGGUGACGUCACAUCUGUAUUUUAAGUACAUUUAAUGAUUUAAGUUCUACAGAUAGAAACAAUAUGGUGAUGCAACUGAAUUUGUGUUUAUCUGUCAGUUAAAUCUUUCAAACUUAAAUAUGAUCUAUAUAACGUUCCAUAAGCUCCUUUAAAAAUUAUUCAAUGAAAAUUUUAAACUUUGUACAAGUGGUCUUUGGCCAGAACUUAAUCACCUGUAUUUAUAGAAGGCUUAACAAUCUACUGUUCAAGAAUUAAAUAGCCCGUUAUUCCUCCAGGUCUGAUUCCACUGGCAUCCAUCAAAUGUUCCAAUGAAACAUUAAUUGAACGAAUGAGUUAAAACUCAAUCAAAGCUUAUUUUCAUGUUAUUGCUGUCUGUGGGUAUAGAUGGCCCAUUAUAUUUGGGGGGGGGGGGGUGCAAAAAGCUCUUCAGAUCUGUGUUAACAUUUUUGCAACUCUCAUUACACAUUUUGUACAUGAACCAUUUACUGUUUGCUCAAAUCUUGAUGGGGACUUGAUAGAACGUUCCGGAAUUGAAUUCUGUCAAACCCAAAAAUAGUGACAAUCGAGUGAAAAUGGGAUUUGGGGCUAGAAUGCAUGCGCUGACUGCAUGAGAAAAUAGCUCAACCAACCACCUCUGUUGUCCAGACUGACAGUACUGUGACAGGACUGAAUUCUGUCAAUUCGGAACAUUCCGGACUGACAAUCAAGCAUCUCCAAUGACUAUUCUAAAGGGGAAUAACUCUGCAUGGUUUUAAAUUGCAUUUUCUACAAUAUAUGUAUUUGUAUAAUUGGAUUUUAAGCCAUUGCCAAAAAUCUAUAAAUUUACUCCCUUACACAUGUACAAUGAAAAGGGUUUUUAUGUCAUCUUGUGAGAUAGAAUGGUCCAAAUAGCACAUGGUCUAUUUCACUUAAAUUUGUCCUACUUAAUAGAGGUUUAGCUUAUUAGAGGGUAUUGACAAAAUUAUUGGAGAGAUGUGAGACGUACUUGAAAAAAACAUUGGAUUUUUAUCAAUAAUAGACUCUUUGUAUGAUUGUCAUUUCUAUGUAACACAUAAAAAUUUGUAAUAUUUGGACAAAGCACCUCAUAUUUUUCAAUUUCUUAAAUUUCUUACUUGGAUAUAUUUGUGACAUAUAAUUUCUGUUAAUUUUGUACGGAAUUUGUUAUUUUUGUAUCCUGUUGUUUAAAUGUAUUGCCUUGCCUAAUCCGCCUGCCAGCAAUUCUGUUGUGUAUUUCAUUGUUGGGAGAUAUUUAUUGUCAGGUUUUUAAUAAUGAUGCCAAAUAAUUUAAAUUUGAUUUCUCUGGGAACAUGUAAUAUUGAGGCCACACCAAUUUGGAACAUCUAAUAUUAUGCCACAUCAAUUUGAUUUCCACUGGAAAUAUCUAAUAAUCAAUUUGAAUUUUAGUUCUCUUGGAACCUCUAAUAAUGAGCAACACCAAUUUUAUUUCUCUUGGAAAAUCUAAUGAGACCACACCAAUUUGAUUUCUCUUGGAACAUCUUAAAAUGAGGUACAUCAAUUUGAUUUCUCUUGGAACAUCUAAUAAUGAGCCACAUCAAUUUAAUUUCUCUUGGAAUAUCUAAUGUCAAGGCCACACCAAUUUGAUUUCUCUUGGCACAUCUUAAAACGAGGUCACACCAAUUUUAUUUCUCUGGGAACAUCUAAUGCCGAGGCAAUACCAAUCUAAAUGUUAGUCUUCAGAAACACCUAUUAAAGCUCUUUGCUUCAACAUAAAAUACUUGGUUGUUAUUAGUUCCAAAUGUUGAAAAAAAACCCACUCAUUAUCCAUGUGAGUAAAGAACUAAAAAUCAAAUUAUUUUUUCUAAAAGAAACAUAACCUGUCAUAUAUUGUUGAGAGUAUUGAUUCUAAAUAUCUUUUUAAUAAGAGUAUUCUACUUUCAUAUUCAAAAUUAAAUUUUCUAAAUAUUUUGAUGUGAUACAUUUUGGUCCAAUCCCAUUAGAUUUUCACACAAGUCCAUAUAUGUUCUACAUCUAGAUUUUUUGCCCCCCCCCCCCCUAUCCAAAUAGAUGAUUCAAUAUGGAAAAUCAUUGGCUUACUAAUAUGGUUGAGCAUCAAUUAUUCUCUAAAAACCAUGUCAUAUCAUAAGGUCUGUCAUUGAGUCAACUGGUGUGGGUUCAAUUCCCUGGUUGGACGUGGCAAGGAGUAGGGUCGCCUGUCCAGCCUCGUGGAUUUCCUCGGGGUCCUCUGGUUUGCUCCCACUGCUAAAGACCCAUAUGCGCAAGUGAAUUAUUGAAAUAAAAUUGAACCGUGUGUGUUAGUCCUGAAAUGACCAUUUCUCUCUCUCUAAAAACCAUACCGGGUCCAUAUUUCUUUGCAUUUUACCCCGUCAACAUGGAUAUCCAGAGUUAAUAAAACUGUACUAACCUUGGCAUUGCUUAAUAAAGUCUUUAUUUAAUCUCUUUCUAGUCUAGUAUACUCUUUUUAAACGAUUUGAUGAUGAUUCCCAACCCUCAAAUGUUAUUGUUAAUAUGUUAAUUGAAUUGUUUGUUACAGGAAAAAGCCUAAUUCGUGCUCUGCUUGUUUGUGCAGAUGUUAAAAACUUCAUUAUUAAUGAAAUAAAAUUAAUA